AUGACAGCUCAGUUACAAAGUGAAAGUACUUCUAAAAUUGUUUUGGUUACAGGUGGUGCUGGAUACAUUGGUUCACACACUGUGGUAGAGCUAAUUGAGAAUGGAUAUGACUGUGUUGUUGCUGAUAACCUGUCGAAUUCAACUUAUGAUUCUGUAGCCAGGUUAGAGGUCUUGACCAAGCAUCACAUUCCCUUCUAUGAGGUUGAUUUGUGUGACCGAAAAGGUCUGGAAAAGGUUUUCAAAGAAUAUAAAAUUGAUUCGGUAAUUCACUUUGCUGGUUUAAAGGCUGUAGGUGAAUCUACACAAAUCCCGCUGAGAUACUAUCACAAUAACAUUUUGGGAACUGUCGUUUUAUUAGAGUUAAUGCAACAAUACAACGUUUCCAAAUUUGUUUUUUCAUCUUCUGCUACUGUCUAUGGUGAUGCUACGAGAUUCCCAAAUAUGAUUCCUAUCCCAGAAGAAUGUCCCUUAGGGCCUACUAAUCCGUAUGGUCAUACGAAAUACGCCAUUGAGAAUAUCUUGAAUGAUCUUUACAAUAGCGACAAAAAAAGUUGGAAGUUUGCUAUCUUGCGUUAUUUUAACCCAAUUGGCGCACAUCCCUCUGGAUUAAUCGGAGAAGAUCCGCUAGGUAUACCAAACAAUUUGUUGCCAUAUAUGGCUCAAGUAGCUGUUGGUAGGCGCGAGAAGCUUUACAUCUUCGGAGACGAUUAUGAUUCCAGAGAUGGUACCCCGAUCAGGGAUUAUAUCCACGUAGUUGAUCUAGCAAAAGGUCAUAUUGCAGCCCUGCAAUACCUAGAGGCCUACAAUGAAAAUGAAGGUUUGUGUCGUGAGUGGAACUUGGGUUCCGGUAAAGGUUCUACAGUUUUUGAAGUUUAUCAUGCAUUCUGCAAAGCUUCUGGUAUUGAUCUUCCAUACAAAGUUACGGGCAGAAGAGCAGGUGAUGUUUUGAACUUGACGGCUAAACCAGAUAGGGCCAAACGCGAACUGAAAUGGCAGACCGAGUUGCAGGUUGAAGACUCCUGCAAGGAUUUAUGGAAAUGGACUACUGAGAAUCCUUUUGGUUACCAGUUAAGGGGUGUCGAGGCCAGAUUUUCCGCUGAAGAUAUGCGUUAUGACGCAAGAUUUGUGACUAUUGGUGCCGGCACCAGAUUUCAAGCCACGUUUGCCAAUUUGGGCGCCAGCAUUGUUGACCUGAAAGUGAACGGACAAUCAGUUGUUCUUGGCUAUGAAAAUGAGGAAGGGUAUUUGAAUCCUGAUAGUGCUUAUAUAGGCGCCACGAUCGGCAGGUAUGCUAAUCGUAUUUCGAAGGGUAAGUUUAGUUUAUGCAACAAAGACUAUCAGUUAACCGUUAAUAACGGCGUUAAUGCGAAUCAUAGUAGUAUCGGUUCUUUCCACAGAAAAAGAUUUUUGGGACCCAUCAUUCAAAAUCCUUCAAAGGAUGUUUUUACCGCCGAGUACAUGCUGAUAGAUAAUGAGAAGGACACCGAAUUUCCAGGUGAUCUAUUGGUAACCAUACAGUAUACUGUGAACGUUGCCCAAAAAAGUUUGGAAAUGGUAUAUAAAGGUAAAUUGACUGCUGGUGAAGCGACGCCAAUAAAUUUAACAAAUCAUAGUUAUUUCAAUCUGAACAAGCCAUAUGGAGACACUAUUGAGGGUACGGAGAUUAUGGUGCGUUCAAAAAAAUCUGUUGAUGUCGACAAAAACAUGAUUCCUACGGGUAAUAUCGUCGAUAGAGAAAUUGCUACCUUUAACUCUACAAAGCCAACGGUCUUAGGCCCCAAAAAUCCCCAGUUUGAUUGUUGUUUUGUGGUGGAUGAAAAUGCUAAGCCAAGUCAAAUCAAUACUCUAAACAAUGAAUUGACGCUUAUUGUCAAGGCUUUUCAUCCCGAUUCCAAUAUUACAUUAGAAGUUUUAAGUACAGAGCCAACUUAUCAAUUUUAUACCGGUGAUUUCUUGUCUGCUGGUUACGAAGCAAGACAAGGUUUUGCAAUUGAGCCUGGUAGAUACAUUGAUGCUAUCAAUCAAGAGAACUGGAAAGAUUGUGUAACCUUGAAAAACGGUGAAACUUACGGGUCCAAGAUUGUCUACAGAUUUUCCUGA